CGAAUAGAGUGGGUGGGAUAGAAGGAAGGAUAGAGAAAGUGAGAGAGGCGGAAUAGGAAGAGAAGAAAAAGAAGAGGGAGGAGAGACGAUUGUUUAGCGUAGAGAGAGAGAGAAAGAUUGAAAAGAGAUACAAGGAGGUUAGACGUGAAACAGAGAGAAUUGGAAAAAGAGAAGCAGAAAAAAAAAUUGGCGAUUCAUCGUGGUGAUCUGUGGUGGUGAUCAAUAUCGAUGAGCCACGUGAAUCGAAACUUUCAGUCUGGCGUUUUGUCCAGUUUCGUCUUACAUCGUGAUUACAGCUGCUUGUCUUCGUAGCUGUAAAUGAAAUUCUUGUUCUAACUGAAAGAAGUAGCGAACCUGACAUAGCCUCAUUGCAAUCGGGCAUGACAGUGUAGAUAUCUGUAGUGCUGCUGCUGCUGCUUGUUCUUCUAGUGGUGACGACGGUUCCUGACGAUAUCGCCGUGCGCGAGGCCUUCGCGAGAAUUCUAGCAUUCCUGGCGAAGCCAAUAACAUUUCCACGAUUCACGUUCUAUGAGCGCCAAGGGCCAAGGGGACCCUGGAGAAGACCUCGCAUCCAGGGUAGGAGCAGAAAGCCCUUGCAGCGAUAUGAAGCGUGCAGCUGCUAAAAAACUGAUCGAACGCUACUUCUAUCAGCUGACUGAUGGUUGUGGAAAUCCUCAAUGUGAUAAUCAGAAUUGUGCAUCGAGUGGGAAAGUGACGAAUCUUACACCAAAUCAAGCUGCGGCCCAGGCAAUUCAGCUCUUCUCUCAGGAAGCACGUCUCUGCGAUGGUACACAGCCCAGCAAAGUUGCUAGGACCACAUUGGAGCCAGGACCAGCAUCCUUAGCUAAGAGCCUACCAGUCAAAAGCGUCAAUCCUACCUGUUCCGUUGAAGGAAAACCGGUGCCAUAUCUGACGGAAGCGAAGCUUCUGGACAUAAUAGAAAGAUGUAAAUCAGAAGGAUCUUAUUCGUUAUUGAUACGAACCCUGGGAGAAGUCUUUUCCUCGGCGGAGGCGCUCAGUCGAAGUUUUCAAAAGACAGCGAAGAAUGAUUCACCCCUGACAGCAUUACUGGACAGAGCGCCAGUAUCUCUGCUAGGACCACCUGGUGAUCUCAGCAAAGAAGCCGUCCGUUCACUCCAGGGUGAGGAUAAGGAAGAGGACAGCAGUGACCCUUCACCAGCGGUGCCUUAUCCUGAUGACACAAACGUGGAUCUCCCCGCAGUUCGGAGGGCAUUUGCAGCCCUUUGGUCACUUCCUGGAGAAGCGUUUGAGUCGGCUCUAGUUCAUGCCCUAGUCACCCUGGCGGACAAUAUCGAGCUUGACCUAAGGGUAUUUGGUAAAAUGCCCUCGGACAGUACUGACAGUCUGCUAAACGUGUUCCUCAUCGUGUUCGAAAUCCCAGUAUUGGGUAGCAGCGAGUAUCUGGAGUUGGCGCUUCACAUGCUCUGUAAAGCGGCGAGCUGCCUGAGGAUUUCUGCCCAGGCAAAGUUGGCCAGAGUCUGGGCAAGACACUGCAAACCUCGUCUACGGAGUCUUCUGGAAGCAUUGCAGCAGCUGAUCACUGUGAAGGUCAUAGCUGGUUCCUUUACGCGCGACUAUUGCGUUCAGGAUGCGGAUACCAUCACAGCACCUACUAAAGUUAUGAAGAUACUUUAUUAUGCUAGUAUGUUAGCUGGUGAAUUGGAUGCUCCUGAGUCCUGUCGAGACGAGGACCCCGAUAGUACCGACCUGGACAAAUCUGGACUCAGGACACACACAUCAUCCCAGGCAGUACAGGAUAAACUCGCUAUGGAAUUGGGAAUAUUUUCUCUGGAUGCAAGGAAACCCUUCAUACCUUUCAACGACUUUUACAACGAACCCUUAAGCGACGCCGUCGAAAUGGAUAAGGAUUUUGCGUAUUAUAAAAGCGAUCAACCUAGGAAAUUUAGUUUCAUGAAUUACGCCUUUAUACUAACACCAGCUACAAAGACACUUGGCCUCUAUUAUGACAAUAGAAUUCGAAUGUACAGCGAAAGACGUAUGAGCUUUUUACAAACUGUCGUUGGACAGCCUACGAAUCCAUAUCUCAGAUUAAAGGUACGAAGAGAUCAUUUGAUAGAUGACGCUUUGGUUGAAUUGGAAAUGGUGGCAAUGGAGAAUCCGACUGAUCUAAAGAAGCAGCUGGUCGUAGAAUUCGAAGGUGAACAGGGUGUCGACGAGGGUGGCGUCUCCAAGGAAUUCUUUCAGCUGGUGGUCGAAGAGAUAUUCAACCCAGAUUAUGGGAUGUUUACAAUGCAGGAAGAUACACAAACCACCUGGUUUAAUCCAACCUCCUUCGAAAGCAAUGCUCAGUUCACCCUGAUAGGAGUAGUUCUCGGUCUGGCGAUCUACAACAACGUCAUCCUUGACGUGCGUUUUCCCAUGGUGGUCUACCGAAAGCUCCUAGGUAGGAAGGGUGGUUUCGCCGAUCUAGAAGACUGGAGUCCAACGCUUUACAGGACAAUGACCGAGUUGAUGGAGUAUACUGGGGAUGACAUGCCCGAUAUAUUCAUGCAGACUUUCAGGGUUGGCUACAAAGAUGUAUUUGGCUCUGUACUGUUUCAUGAGUUGAAGGAAAAUGGGGAUGAGCUUUAUGUCACUCAGGAGACCAAACGUGAAUUUGCUGAUCUCUACGCUGACUUUCUAUUAAAUAAAUCAGUCGAGAGACAGUUCAAAGCGUUCAGGCGUGGAUUCCAGAUGGUGACAGACGAAAGUCCGUUGGCGUUACUCUUCAGACCAGAAGAGAUAGAGCAGCUUGUAUGCGGAAGCAAAAUCUUUGACUUUGCUGAAUUGGAAGCAGCUACAGAAUACGAGGGUGGUUACACUGUAGAGAGCGAAGCUAUUCGCAAUUUCUGGCGGGUUGCUCACGCUCUACCUCCGGAAAGUCAACGGAGGCUGCUUCAGUUCACCACAGGAAGUGAUCGAGUUCCUGUGGGAGGACUUUCACGGUUGAAAAUGGUUAUAGCGAGACAUGGACCGGAUUCUGAUAGGUUACCUACUGCACACACUUGCUUCAACGUCUUACUCUUGCCCGACUACAGUACGAUAGAGAAGCUCCAAGAUCGUUUAUUGAAAGCAAUUAAUUACUCAAAAGGAUUUGGGAUGCUGUGAGUGUGUAAAUCCUUCAAUAGUUCCAAUCAUAAUCGUUGGAGUAAACUCAGCAGAACGAAAACAGUGGGAACCUCCUGUAUCCUGUUAUCCUUUAAUGUCCUCUCCAACUAUCCGUAAGUCCAAUUUGAUCCUAUUUAUUGAAAAAUCUUCAAAAUUCCUCGCAGCAGCGAAUGAAACUCUUGUCUCUUGAAGGAUCUGCGCCGUUUCGGCGGCGAUCAGUGAGGAGAUAUUAUUCAUCGAAUUUCAUUUAACUAAAUGGUACAAUUCCAUGCAGCUUGAAUGUCUUAAAGAAUUCGUAGUCAAAGAAUAAGCGUUCAUGGACCCAAUACAUGUCAUGAACGUAAUCGCACGUCACUUCCACGUGAAAGCAUUAGCGGUGUAAAAAAUAAAGAAUUUUGAAAAUGUUUUCAACACAUGAGACAUCGACGUACAUUUCAAUUUUAUUUUAUUUUAUUUUUUUUUAAUUCGUCUUGUUCUCAUUAAUCAUUAACGUAAGUGAUAAAGUUAAUAAUUUGUCAUAUGACAGUAUUGUUGUAUAUCGAGCAUUGAAUUUAUAUGAAAUACGGACGAUAA